UCGAUCCAAAAUGGCAGCGCACUGGUAACGGACAUCGAGAAACGCAACAUCUGAUCACAAGUCAAAAGAGGGGUCAUUAAGUAAUUGUUAAAAUGUCGUCGAAAAAAUUCAAAGUCCCUUCGUCUGCAAGACGCCACAUCAAAAUUGAACAGUUCACUCAGUUUGUGAGUUCAAGUCGGUUACGCCAUGUUCAGAGUGUUAUUGCAAAAAAGGACAACAUGGAUGGGAUCCUCUGCCUUGCUGGUAUUGAUAGCCGAUACAAUGAAGGAAGUCUGGAGCUACUCAAUUACCUUUUGUUUGGAUUUUUUGAUGUUCGGAAAGAUGAACUUGAAAAAUCUGGUUUUGCUGAAGAAGUUAUUGAUGAUUUGAUGAUACUAGUGUGCAGGGAGCAUGCUGAGAUCUACUGCAACCCAGUCAACUACCACUAUCUUCUCCCAUAUGUCAGUCACUGGCCUUCUGUUCAGUUCCAUUGUUUGGCUGACAAUGAGUAUGAAGGUGAAGAUGAUGAUGCUUCAGAAGAGUUCAAGAUCAAGUCCCUGAUUGCUAUGGUUUCUAACUGCAAGGUUAUAGGAAUCCCGUACAGUGGAAGAGCUGGAGUGCUAUCAAAAUCAAGUGCUCCCUUCAAUCCUAUGGCUGUGGAAAAGUGGCCUAUCAUUCAAGCCUUUGCAUUAGAGGAUUUCGGAGGUGGAGGGUUUUUCACUCUCAAACAUGAGGUUUGUGAUGUAAGCCAAGAGCUUUACAGAAUCUACAACUACCAAGACCCUGUGACUAUGGAGAUACUUUUGACUGAGCACUUCCCAUUGAUGUCAAGACAGUGGGAGAACAUGAUGAAGUGUGUGCAGAUAGCCCUGACUGAGCCUGUGUCACCUCUGCUUCCAGCCAAGAAAAUAGCAGAGCCCCUGAAAAGUUACUUCAACCAUGGACUUGUGGGGCAGAAGGGCAGGGAGGGUAGGAAGCCCUUUGUUCUAGUCGAUAGCGAGGCUGAUAAAAAGCAACUGAGGAGAGUUCAGGCUGGUGAAGACUGUGGAGAUCCCACAGACGUGAAGCUUGAUGCACUCUCCACACACACAGUGAUGUGUCAAGCUGUUUCCCCACAUAGUCCGCUUGUGUGUGCAAGGACUUACUUCCUCACCAGCCACCCUUACAAAAUCUUGACAGGAAAUGGAGGGCAGCAGGAGUCAAGUUCCUCUCAUCUGGAUCUCAGGUCAGCUCAAAUUACUAUUUAUUCAGCUUUUUGUUUAUCUGACUUGUGUCUUUUCUUUGCUUAGACACUACACCUAAUCCCAGAUACGGCAUAAAACAUGUGUAGUUUCACUCCGAAGAAAGAACAUAAUUUUAAGAAAUACUCGAAUAUUACUUUUUUUGGUCUUUUUUGGGUGUGGAGGGGUACGAAUUUCUUCAUAUGAACCGUCAAACUAUAUGGAUAUCUGGAGCCGGCUGAGAUACGUUAAUAGUCCACUUUCACAUCAACUAUUUCUUAUAUAUUAUACACCCCUGCGCUUCUGGCGAAGGGGUUACAUAUCCUGUCUGACAUAGCAUAGGACCGUGAAAACCCUCGCUGAGAGGUCUUUAGAAUGGCUUUUUGAAAAAUCCAAUGGCGUUCUAAUUUGUAUGAAACCAUUGUAAAGCAGGUAAAUAGUUUAAGCAAAGGGCAGUUUCACCCCCCCCCCCUUUCCCCCCUUUUCUCCCACCCUAAAAGAGAUUUCUUGGAAACGCUCUUAAUUCUUUAAGUGUAUAAUAUUAUUAAGUGGGACGGUUUCAAUGUUGAAUUGUUUUCAUCACGAUUCCUUCAUGUCUUUUGUUGGUGACUUGAAACAUUGUUUCUCUCUUAUUUCAUUUUUCAACAAGAACAUUCUCUAUUUAAGAUCUGAAUCAACUGUAGACCUUUAGUUGGAUUGUUCAUUCAGUGUUUAAAUUUUCACCCAUUUUCUUUGCGGUUUCCUAGCAUCUUCAAUGAAGUUAAUGAGAACUUUUACUGAACUUGUUUUUUUCCUUCUGCAGUGGAUCUAUGUGUCUAUUACUUAUUCAUAGUUGGAAAAUACACCCUUUUUAGCCCUGCUGCCACGCUGCAACCACAUUGUUAACGGUGUCAUAAAAACUAAGUUGAUAUGACGAACUCGGUGGCAUUUAAUGCGGGACGCGUGAACGAUUUCCGUCUUUAUAUUCUUAGCAUGACGCUCCCAGUCUAAAUACACACAUAUGAUAUCAAUUUUUAAUCUACCAUUUUGUCCAAAGUCACACGUCUAUACUCUGACUAGUAUUCUUUCAAAGCUGCUUUGCCUGUCCCUUCGAGAUCCAGAAAGUCAUCCCAAAUGAGCCGUGUAGUUUUUUUAAAGGAAAAAUGCAAUUUAGUUCUCAGAGGUGCAAGACUUAAUUGCCUUUCCAAUGUCGUCUAUUGCCUCUUACUUUAAAAAUGCUCUCUGUCGCAACACUCUUUCCGGGCUACAUUUAAGAGAGAAAUUUGUUCACUUUUAGCGCCCUCACUUCCCUCUAGCUUUCUGUUCGCUCGUGGAACGUCUGUUUAAAGAAGUCAAUCUUCUUCCCUCCCCCGUUCCUUUCACGACAACAUCAAAAACGCUCUUCAUCGACCGAGUUACCUCUUCGAUUUUUUCGUCCGUUCGGGUGAAUGAAAUUAAAUGAAUCCAAUUACUGUAUGCUUUUCAUGCUACGAGUGUUUUCGGAAGUUUGUUUUUUCUUGUCCGGUCUCUUAGCUUUUCUCUUUUCUUUUCUUUUCUUUUCUUUUCUAAAUAUAACCCUUUCUCUCUGCCUCUUCCCGUCUUUCUUUUCUUUUUCCUUUCAAGGUAAAGGAAGUGCAAAAUGUUGCAUUCAGCCUGAAGUUGACAUGGAAUGAUUGAUAGUAUGGAGCCACGUUAUUAUCUAGUUGAUCUGAGUAUUGUAUGUUUGUCUGUGUUUGUUUGUGGGUGCGCAUGUGGGUGUGUGAGAGAGAGAG